AUGCAAAAGUACGCCGAUUUGAAGGACAUCAACGACCGGGACCUUGCCGGCUAUGGCGCAAACCCGCCAAAAUUCAGCUGGCCAAACGGCAACAAGAUCGCGUUGUCGUUCGUCGUCAACUACGAGGAGGGCGGCGAGAACACGGUGGUGAACGGGGACCGCGCCAGCGAAGUAUUCCUCAAUGAGACCCCUGGUGGUACGCCGCGGCGGGCGCGGGACAUGAACAUGGAAACGCAGUACGAGUACGGCACCCGAGCGGGCGUCCACCGCAUCCUUUCCAUCUUCAGGGCCUGCAAGAGCAAGUUCACUUGCUUCGCCGUCGGACGCGCCGUGGAGUUGACGCCAGAGCCCGUAAAGCAGAUGCAUGCAGAGGGACACGAGGUCUGCAGUCAUAACUACCGGUGGAUCGAUUACCACGGCUCCGACGUUACGCCAGAGAUAGAGGCGGAUCAUUGUCGAAAAACUAUAUCCGCCAUCAGGAACGCUACGGGCAAACCCCCGCGUGGAUGGUACACCGGGCGGAUUGGCCCGGAAAGCAGGGGCGUGGUGGUGCGGGAAUACAGGAAGCUGGGACUGGAACUGUUGUAUGAUUCAGAUGCGUAUAACGAUGAUCUCCCGUACUGGGUUAAGGUCGACGACGAACCUCAUUUGGUUAUUCCUUACACCCUCGACCAGAACGAUAUGAAAUUCUGCGUCCCACCAGGGUUCUCCUCGCCGGACGGUUUCUUCACCUACCUCAAAGACGCAUUCGACAUGCUUUACCAGGAAGGCGUCGAGGGCACACCCAAGAUGAUGUCGAUUGGUCUGCACUGUAGGUUAGUGGGCAAACCAGGGCGAGCAGCGGCGUUGCAGAGAUUCCUGCAGUACGUCAAAAGCAAAGAGGGAGUGUGGAUUGCGACGAGGGAGGAGAUUGCAAAGUUCUGGAGGAAGGAGUUCCCGGUUCAGAGGUAG